UAGCUAGUUCGAUCUCUUUUAUCAGCUCAGCUUGUUUAUGCCUUUCUAAUCAUCUAGUCAAUUCAAUAUGUACAUGUCGCCGCUAAAAUAAAGCUGAAAUUUUAACCAACACUGUUUAUGCAAGAAUGCAAAAAAUGGAAGCUGUGAAGAGUGUUACAGAUCGACCUGAGCCAAGAGACACCUACAAGAUUGCUUAUAUAAUCCAUUUCCUUCUUGGUGCAGGGAAUUUGCUUCCUUGGAAUGUUUUUAUAACAGCAGUUGAUUACUUUGGUAGUCUCUAUCCAGCUAGGCAUGUUGAAAAGGUUUUCUCUGUGGCUUACAUGACUUCUUCAUUACUUGUUCUAGUUUUAGUGGUGAGCAGAGGUGGGUGGAGUUCCAAGCUGAAUUAUAGAUUGAGAAUGAACUUGGGGCUUUCCAUGUUUGUUCUCUCUCUAGUGGUGCCUCCAAUUAUAGACCGAGCUUGGAGCGACAGCGGGACAAAUGGAGCAUAUGGUGUGACAGUGGCAUCAGUUGUGAUCUGUGGUUUAGCUGAUGGCUUAAUAGGUGGAAGCUUGAUAGGAUCGGCUGGGAAACUUCCAAAAGAGUAUAUGCAAGCUGUUUUUGCUGGAACAGCUUCUUCAGGUGUUCUCGUUUCCAUCUUGAGGAUUGUUACAAAAGCAUCACUCCCACAGACUUCACAUGGUCUUCGAACAAGUGCCCACUUCUACUUUAUAGUCAGCACAGUCGUCAUGCUAUGCUGCUGUCUGUGUUGCUACUUGUUAAACAAGUUACCAAUCAUGCAACAUCAUUACGGACUUCAUAGUGUCAGUGACGAUCCACUUUCUUCGAGGCAAAAGUUUUGGACAGUGGCAAGAAAAAUUCAGUGGCCAGCUUUUGGGGUUCUCCUUACAUACAUAGUGACUCUGUCAAUUUUCCCAGGAUUCAUUGCUGAAAACCUGGAAUCUAAGCUUCUUCAAGAUUGGUAUCCUGUUCUACUGAUCACGGUUUAUAAUGUUUCGGACUUUUUGGGGAAGUCUUUCACUGCAAUAUAUGUUCCGAAGAGUGUGAAAAAGGCAACAUGGGCUUGCACUGCCAGGGUUUUGUUCUAUCCACUUUUUGCUGUUUGCCUCCAUGGACCCAAGUGGUUGAGAAGUGAAGCACCUUUUCUAGCUCUGACAUUCAUGCUCGGGUUGACUAAUGGGUAUCUGACAAGUGUGGUCAUGAUCCUCACUCCUAAGUUGGUGCCUAUUACAGAAGCAGAGAUAGCUGCCAUUGUGAUGAUUUUGUCCCUUGGAAUUGGGCUGGUUGGUGGUUCAGUUCUUGGUUGGUUUUGGAUUAUUUGAAGCUUUACAAGUUCUCAGGCUCAUGGUCACCUGUGGCUUGGAAGAAAUUAGGCUUCUAAAUUAGAUAUUGGAUUAUCUUCAUGUAGGCCCAAAAAAAAAAAGAACCAUUAGUGAAUAACAAAAAAUCAUUUGGCAAUUCUAAUUAGUGUGAUUGAUGAACUACUUCCAAUUCUGUAGUUUGUUGAUUUUUUCAAAUCUGUCAUGUCAUCCUACCAAGUUCUUCAUCUGUACUCUUUGACGGCUAAUGGCAAAAGUACCCUGCCCAAAUGAAAUGAUACCGAUAUUAAAACGGGCAGAAGUUAGCAAAACAAAAAUCAUAAAAUAUCCAGCAAUUAAGCAUCUCCAACUUCAUGAAUAAAUAGUGGAAGUUAACGGGAAAAAAACAAAAACAUGAAGUGCACUGAGUAAGGUCAACGGAAAAACCCUUCAUUCAUGUGCAAUAAGAAUUCUUCGGGCAUUCAAAUCACAAUCAACAGAGAAUCAAUUCCACUGAGGCUUAGCUUGAGCUACAACAAUAUGUGGUUCUGAAACCGCAUUUCAUAUAUGUCUGAUACUGUAAUUUGGAUUUGACACCCUUGGCGGCGUACGAUAUAUUUAGAAUUGUUGGGCAUUUAAUAAGUGUUUAUUGUUCUUCAAUAAUAUCAAAGCCAAUCCUUUGCCAAAAAGCAAAGAUUUCAAGAAUAAAUUGUAGUAGUGAUGCAGUGGAGAGAGAAAUUUCAACAAAAAAUUCAUUUCAUUGUUAGUGAUAUGGCAAGUUUUGACCCUGUUUUAUUUAUUUCGCGUUCUCAUCCUUAAAGUAGCAUGGUUAGUGAUUGCAGAGUUCUGACGUAGA